GGAAGCCAUGUUGGAGCUGCACCCCGAGCGAGGGGCUGCGGGCGCGCUCCUCUCCUGGUGGGUGUGACCCGGCUCGGCGCGGCGGCGGGGGGCGGGGACGCCGGGCGGCUCGUCGUGGUCGGCGGCGGCCGCGGCGUGCAGCCGGGCGAUUGUGACCGGCGGCGGAGCCGGGCCGGCCGCGGGCGCUCCCUCCGUGCGGCCCCCCUGAGCGCCCCCCCUCCCCGGGCCGGGAGGGAGGCGGGGGGCACCCGGGGCCCGCCAUGAACCCGGGCUUCGACCUGUCCCGCCGGAACCCGCAGGAGGACUUCGAGCUGAUCCAGCGCAUCGGCAGCGGCACCUACGGCGACGUCUACAAGGCACGGAAUGUUAACACUGGAGAAUUAGCAGCAAUUAAAGUGAUAAAAUUGGAACCAGGAGAAGACUUUGCGGUUGUACAGCAAGAAAUCAUUAUGAUGAAGGACUGCAAACACCCAAAUAUUGUUGCUUAUUUUGGAAGCUAUCUCAGGCGGGAUAAACUUUGGAUUUGCAUGGAGUUUUGUGGAGGUGGCUCUUUACAGGACAUAUAUCAUGUAACUGGACCCCUCUCAGAACUGCAGAUUGCAUAUGUUAGCAGAGAAACACUACAGGGGUUGUAUUAUCUUCACAGUAAAGGAAAAAUGCACAGAGAUAUAAAGGGCGCUAACAUUCUAUUAACGGAUAACGGUCAUGUGAAAUUAGCUGAUUUUGGAGUUUCUGCACAGAUAACAGCUACAAUUGCCAAACGGAAGUCCUUCAUUGGUACCCCAUAUUGGAUGGCUCCAGAAGUCGCGGCUGUUGAGAGGAAAGGAGGGUACAAUCAGCUGUGUGACCUCUGGGCAGUGGGCAUCACUGCCAUCGAGCUGGCUGAGCUCCAGCCGCCCAUGUUUGAUCUUCACCCAAUGAGGGCAUUAUUUCUAAUGACAAAAAGCAAUUUCCAGCCUCCUAAGCUAAAGGAUAAGUUGAAGUGGUCAAAUAGUUUCCAUCAUUUCGUGAAGAUGGCACUUACCAAAAAUCCAAAAAAAAGACCCAAUGCAGAAAAGCUACUACAGCAUCCCUUUGUCACACAACCUCUGACAAGGUCUUUGGCAAUAGAGCUGCUGGAUAAAGUGAAUAAUCCAGACCACUCCACGUACCAUGAUUUUGAUGAUGAUGACCCAGAGCCUCUUGUUGCUGUACCACAUAGAAUUCCUUCAACGAGUAGAAAUGUGAGAGAAGAGAAAACGCGCUCAGAGAUAAACUUUGGCCAGGUAAAAUUUGAUCCUCCCUUACGGAAGGAAACAGAGCCACAUCAUGAACUUCCCGACAGUGAUGCUUUUUUCGACAGUUCAGAAGAAAUAUACUACACUGCAAGAUCUAAUCUGGAUCUACACUUAGAAUACGGACAAGGACAUCAAAGUAAUUACUUUUUAGGUGGAAACAAGAGUCUUCUAAAGUCUGUUGAAGAAGAACUACAUCAGCGAGGUCACGUGGCACACUUAGAAGAUGAUGAAGGGGGUGAGGAUGACUCUAAACAUUCUACUAUGAAAGCAAGAGCCCCACCGCCUCUGCCGCCAAAGCCUAAAUCCAUCUUCAUACCACAGGAUACACAUUCUGCUGAGGACAGUAAUCAAGGAACAAUCAAGAGAUGUCCCUCAGUGGGGAGCCCAGCAAAGCCGUCUCACGUCCCACCUAGACCACCUCCCCCCAGGCUGCCCCCUCACCAGAAGCCUGCUGCUUUAGGAAAUGGAGUUGGCUCCUUCCAGCUAAAUGGUGAACGAGACGGAUCAUUAUAUCAGCAGCAGAAUGAGCAAAGAGGCACAAACCUUUCCAGAAAAGAGAAGAAGGACAUACCAAAGCCAAUCAGUAACGGUCUUCCCCCAACACCUAAAGUGCAUAUGGGAGCAUGUUUCUCAAAGGUUUUUAAUGGAUGUCCUUUGAAAAUCCACUGUGCCACAUCCUGGAUAAACCCAGACACAAGAGAUCAGUACUUGAUAUUUGGUGCUGAAGAGGGCAUUUACACCCUUAAUCUCAAUGAACUUCAUGAAACAUCAAUGGAACAGCUGUUCCCCCGCAGGUGUACGUGGCUGUACGUGAUGAACAAUUGCUUACUGUCGAUAUCUGGCAAAGCUUCUCAGCUCUAUUCCCAUAAUUUACCAGGGCUUUUUGAUUAUGCAAGACAGAUGCAGAAGUUACCUGUAGCGAUUCCCGCACACAAGCUCCCCGAUAGAAUACUGCCCAGGAAAUUUGCUGUAUCAGCAAAAAUUCCAGAAACCAAGGGGUGUCAGAAGUGCUGUGUGGUGAGAAAUCCUUACACUGGCCAUAAAUACCUAUGUGGGGCGCUUCAGACUAGCAUCAUUUUAUUGGAAUGGGUAGAGCCAAUGCAGAAAUUCAUGUCAAUUAAGCACAUAGAGUUCCCAAUGCCCUGUCCACUCCGUAUGUUUGAGAUGUUGGUGGUACCUGAGCAGGAGUACCCUCUGGUCUGUGUUGGGGUCAGUAGAGGGCGAGACUUCAACCAAGUGGUCCGAUUUGAGACUGUCAAUCCAAACUCUACCUCGUCGUGGUUUACAGAAUCAGAUGCCCCGCAGACAAACGUCUCUCAUGUGACCCAGCUGGAGAGAGACACCAUCCUCGUGUGCCUAGAUUGUUGUAUAAAAAUAGUGAAUCUCCAAGGAAGAUUAAAAUCCAGCAGGAAACUAUCAUCAGAACUCACAUUUGAUUUCCAGAUAGAAUCCAUAGUUUGUCUGCAGGACAGUGUGCUGGCGUUCUGGAAACACGGGAUGCAAGGUAGAAGCUUUAGGUCUAAUGAGGUAACACAGGAGAUUUCAGAUAACACAAGAAUUUUCAGACUCCUUGGAUCUGACAGGGUUGUGGUUUUGGAAAGUAGGCCAACUGAUAACCCAACAGCAAAUAGUAAUUUAUACAUCUUGGCGGGUCACGAAAACAGCUACUGAGACAUGGAGUUCUUGACAGUGACCACGCCACCGCAGCGUUAGUGGAUGCGUGGAGCUGUGCAGAAGCUGCAGGAACCUGGCUUCAGUUCCUUAUAAUUUAUUGUGGCAUGAGACAGAUGGGACAGCUUUCUGUUUUAAGUGGUAUGGAUUUUUUUAGCACAUUGAACCACACAAGUGCUUAAUUCAUUGUUAUGUAAUCUUGUACAUAUAAGCAGUAUUUUUCUGUGAACUUCAUAUUGCUGAGGCAUACACUAAGAACUGAUGUAGAUAAUGUACUUUUAUGAGAUGUAAAAGUGUCUUAUCUGUACAGAUGUAAAUGGUGAUUAAAAUGCGACUGGGGUUAAUAUUUUAAGAAUCCUUUAGUAUAUUCUUGGGUGUGGUUAUAUUACAAAAUGGGAUGCUGGCAAUGAAACGACAUUUAACACUAUUGUAUUUUUAUUAUAUGUAAUUUAGUAAUAUGGAUAUAAAUCUUGUAACUUUUAAAAUGGUAACGAGCUAUAAUCAUUUUAUAAUCUUGUUUUUAAUUUUAAUGCAAGUGCACUGGUGUUUCUCCUUGCACCGAGUGUUGAUAUGUGGUGUACUAAGUCACAAAGAAAGCUGUGACGCCGUGAAUAUGCAUUUGGCUCUACAACAUCUUUUUUUUACAUGUAUUUGGAUUGUUUUCUAUGUGAAACAAGCCAAUUAACCACCCGUUGUAGUGACUGACCUUUUUCUAUGUAAGCAGAGUCGUGUAAGAUUGCUUGUCUGUGCUUUGGACAUACCUUUGCAGAAACCUGCAAUCACAGAAUGGCGGCACCUUGAGAACACUGCGCUUGUCCUCUGGGGUGCGGCGUGCACAAAGGAUGAACCAGCAUUGUUAGAGUCCACGCUAGACAUUUCACAAAUCACACUGAAGAGCUAGAACAUUCCACAGUGGCGUGAUCAGAUUUCUCAUGGAGUCUUUAUGUUUGUUGGCUUUACUUUAUUAUCACUUCCCUAUUUUUUUAUUUAGAGUAUUAAUACGUGGCCAAGAUAAUUUAGUUACUACCUCAUACAAACAUUAUAAUGGAUACUACACAUCACAGGAAGUUAGUUCGCUUAAAAUCAUUGUUGAUUGGGUUUUUCCAGUGGAGUGUAUCUGUCUGAUCAGAUAGAUAGAUAUGAAGUUGUAGCAAAAUGCACACCUCUGGCUCUGUUUGGUAUAUGUUCUUUAUAUUUUGAUGUGAGUAUGUAUACACUAAGAACAAACUAAAUUGUGAUUUAUGCUUCAUUUAUUUUAAUUGAUAAUGGUUUUAAAUAUGUCCCUGAUUGUACAUACUGUAAAAUAAACAUGUUUUUUAACAUGC